AUGAAAGGCCGACAUCCGAAUCCGGCAGAUAAUAUAGUCCUUACGUCCCCACUAAACUGCAAUGGAUUUGAUGGCCCCAAUCUUCCUUUUGUGACUUAUUAUCUGCAACUUGCCGGGAUACGUCUUCGUCUGCAGAUCUUUAACUUGGUUGCUGUUAAUAUUGACAAUGAGACUGUUCGAGAGGCUCUUGCAGUUACUAGUGUAAUUCUCUGUGUUUUUGGUUUGCUCUAUGGUGGCUUUUGGAGGAUCCAAAUGAGAAAGAGAUUCAACUUGCCUUCUUAUAACUUCUGUUUUGGUGAACCAACAAUGUAUGAUUGCACGUUGUGGCUCUUCUGUUGUUGGUGUUCUCUUGCUCAUGAAAUGAGAAUAGGGUAUACAUAUGACAUUGUAGAAGACCAGUUUUGUAGAAAAGAAAUAGAUAUUCUUAGCCAGCCACCAAUGUCACCCUUGCCCCGUGAAGAUGGAGUUGGUCAACUUAGGUUUGGUCCAAGUUCUCAUUUGGGGAACUACUCAAUCCCAACUAAGACUGGCAUAAUUGGUUCUCCAAGUCCUAGUAGAUUUUCAAAGGAACUGUAUAAUCCAGAUAGGGCACUUUCUUCAGUGAAAGAAGAAUCUCAUCCAACAGGUAAGGAUAAAACUAUGACUGCACUUGCACCCUCAUUGAUACGAAGAGAAGCCACAUAG